AUGGCCGCUUCUACUGCGCCUGACAGCAAAACCGCACGGGCCUUUGUCAAUCGGUUAUUCUCCGAUCAAGACCAGACACUCCUCGUCAACCUCUUCCGUGCAAUUCGUCACAGCAGCGACGAAGAUGCCGGUGUCAAAUAUGUGAAAGCGCAAGGCUAUGAUCUCGACGCGGGCGCCUUGACCAAACUGACAUCCGGACCCGACUUCAACCUCUCUCUUGCGGGUGGAACCUACAGAUUCGAAAAGAACCCCUUCCACUUCUACGAACUCUUUGUCAACUCGGCAACAAAGACAAUAUACGUUGACGGGAGGCUGUUGCCGUCUUCCACCCCCUACCACGCGGAUGGCCAGGGUUUCUUUACCUUGGUCGUGGAUGAUGCCACUCUAAUAAAGGUCCGGUUCACAUUUGAGACCCUGCAAGGUAAAGACGUGGUACCCUCGUUCAAGGGCGUCAUAUCCCACUCGGGCAAGAACGUUGACACGUCUGGGGUCAAGUAUUACCCAUGGGGAGACGUAGGCGGCCCAGCUGUUCCAAUCUUCGCUGCAAGCGUCCCACCCAUCCAUAAUGCAGACCCCGACCGAGUCAAGGCAGCUGAAAAAGCUGUUGCCAAAGCCGCCAGCACUUGGGUUGCGGUGGGGUUUGAUCUCAUGUGUCUACAGGAAAAGGAGAGCAACGAGUUGUUUGACCCAGCCAUUGAAUUCGCAGGCCCUGCCGGUGGCGGCGACGGCAAGAACACCGAUGGUAAACCUCACCGACGCGGUAAGGGAUGCUGGUCCACCUCCCUGUAUGUAAUGGGGAUGGGCUGUUCCUCAGUUUUGAACAAAUAUUUUGGUGUGAAGAUUAUGGGAGCAACUGCCGAAGCCAUUGAGAAGAGAUACGUCGGCAAUGAAUCGAGCCAGAUCACAAAUCUUGUCAGACGGGCCGAGAUAGACCCUGACGUCAACGGUCUCGCCGAGGAUGAGCUUGCUUCGGACUCGCGGGAAAGGACGAUGGAAAGCAUCUCUGCCUACCUCAAAACGGAGUAUGAGAUUGAAGUGAAGAACAAGACUCGGUCACAGGUGAAAUCUGAUUUUCGGGCAGGAAACCUUGUUUUCCCUGUCGAGCUUGAUGAGGCUUUCAACAGCGCUUGCAGCGCCAAGUUUGACCUUGACUUUGGCUCCGUCGACAAGGACCCAGCCAAGAGCAACCUCCGCCAUGUCAUCAACCUGGCGUUGGAAAACAAGGUGAAGCGUAUGGAGGUGCCUACUAUAAAGGAAGAGAUCUAUAACUUGAAGAACAAAUGGAACGUGAGGCAACGAGAUAUCGCGGUGCAAAUUGACAAACUACCGAGAGAUCUGCCCACAGAAGAAAGAGCCAAGAGGGUGCAAAAGAUCAAGGAUACCUACAAAGAUGAACUCGAUAAGCUGAAGGAAGAGCAGAAUAGGAAACAAAGGGAGGUAGACGCUGUCAAAGAGGGAGGGGAGAACGACAGAAAGUUUGAGGAGCGGUACGAGAAACUUAAACGAGACGUCAAUGAGCUUAGAAAACAAGAGAAAGCUCGGCAGGGGGGAUAA